CAUGGACCUGUCGCGCAUUACAUUCCCGACGUUUGUGCUGGAGCCGCGCAGCUUCACUGAGCGGGUCACUGACUUUAUGUCCCACCCUGAUUUUCUGUUCAGGUAAGUUUAUACAACGUGCAGUGGUGCCCGAGCGAUCCCCCAUUGAGCAGUACCAGACUUUGGCCAGUCCGUGCACCUUGGCUCGCUCUGUUGCGGUGCUCUCGCGGGGAACCUCCGGAGAGUUCCCCUUGGUAUCCCAGCCUUUCUCCCCUGCCCCUUUGGCUGUGGCCUGUAGAUUUGUCUCACACAUGGUUCAUUCUGUCUCCAUCUCGUUUUCCUGUUGAUUGUGCUGGUGCGAAACUCAUGCACGGAAAAACGAGAGCUCUGUUUUCAUCCUGGCUUCCUGUUGCAGUUGUCUAUUAUUGUGUGCCAAUGUACCAUGGAUUUGCGAGCCACGUGGGUAGAGACAUGACCGGUGCGGACACACCGGAAUCGAGACCAUCCCUCACUCAAUACCACCCACUCCCCCACGUCUUAUUUGGACAUAGCGCAAACAAGGCAGAUGACCCGGUGAAGCGCUUCAUUGGCGUUGUCAAGUACUACAUGUCUGGUUGGCAUAUCCACCCAAAGGGAGUGAAGAAGCCGUACAACCCGGUGCUAGGCGAGUUCUUCCGCUCAAAGUAUGCGUUCUCGGACGGCACGAAUGCGUACUUUAUCGCUGAGCAGGUAUCGCACCACCCGCCCAUCACAGCAAUGUUCUACAACAGCCCCGACCACCACAUCACGAUUGAGGGCGACCUGCGGCCGAAGAGCCGGUUCUUCGGCAACAGCGUGGGAAUGAUCCUCGAGGGCUACGCAAAGAUCCAUUUCGACAACUGGAAGGAGACAUACGAGGUGACGUACCCGAACAUGUACGCGCGCGGGAUUCUGUUCGGCAAGAUGGUGCUGGAGCUCGGCGAGACAGCGUCGGUCACGUGCAAGGAAUCUGAUCUGAUGUUUGAGGUCGAGUUCAAGACCAAGGGCCUGAUCUGGGGCACGUACAACCAGAUUGCAGGCAAGAUCCGGCGCAUCUCGACGCGCGAGGUGCUGCACGAGAUCACGGGCAACUGGCAGACGACAAUGUACAUUGCCGACAAGGUGCGCAAGACAGAGCCUGUGGUGCUGUUCGACUCACGCAAGGAGCAGGUGGUGCCGCAGCUCGUUGCGUGUGCGGCCGAGCAGGAGCCGCACGAGUCGCGCAACCUCUGGAAGCACGUGACCAAGGCCAUCAAGGACAGCGACCUGGACGCCGCCACCACAUACAAGUCUGCGAUCGAGGAGGAGCAGCGGCAGGGUGUCAAGAAGCGUGAGGCUGAGAAGACCCGGUUCACGCCCCGGUUCUUCCAGCUCGAGAUUGACGGGAACUACCACCCAAAGAUGCUGAUCAAGGACAUCCCCCACGACCCGCAGCAGGCAGGCGAGCAGGUCUCGAAGUGGAUCUUCUCUAGACCUGACGGCCAGAUGCAGGACUUUGACAAGCCCGAAACUGACCCGGUGGUGCUUGCAGUGACAGGCGUGUCGCCGCCUCGCAACUAAACCGGUUUUCUUCCUCCUACACGAUGAGCUCCCUCUUCUACGCUCCCUAUUUGCUGUUUGAAUCCACACAUCAAAAC